AGAAACUUUUCAACAAGUAUUUAUAGGAAAAGAAAAUAAAAUGGAUUAAGGAAUUAAAAUGAAAAAAAAGUAAAAAUUCAUAAGUUAAAAUUUACUUGUGCCCCUCAACUUAGUAAUGAUGUUUUUCUGUUUAUUUAAUGUGAAAAAAAAAGGAAAUCAUUGAUGCAGCAUCUUAUGUCCCGCCACCUCCCUCAGAGGAGCAAAAGAAGAAAAUUGCUAAGAUAAUCACUUGAUGGUGAAGGGCACGUAACUGACAACUGUUAAUCAAAUUUGCACUUUUGAAGUGCUGCCAUAGGAGAACAGAAAUGGCUCAAAAGCAAGAAGGUGCUUUCAGAUAAGAAGGCGUUCAGAAGAAGUAAAAAUAGCUGGGACAAAUUUGUUGUUUUCCGGAAUCUUGAAAUUGUUGUAUCAUUUUAGGUGCACAAGCUCAAUCCUCUGAUACUACCAUACCACAGACACAUUUGAUGAGUUGUUGAAUAUAACAAGAUUUGGAAGAACAUAACCCAAUAAUCAACCAGUCUGCUGGAACAACAUCAAAAGUGGUCUGUGGCUGCCUAUCGAUAAUUGGCCAAAAUUGUGAUGUAGCCAGGAUUUUAACCGAUAUGAUCUUUUCAAAUAGAAAUAUCAUAUAUUGGUUUAAUCUUUAAUGUGUCCCUGGACUGCUUGAGUCCCCCUUUUAAGGGCUUUUUGCAUGUCUCCCGACUGAUAUAUCAAAGAUCUGUAGUCAUUGUAGAUCAACAACCUGAAACGUGCUUUAACAUAAAAAUAUAUUGAUGGUAAUACAUAAUGAGCUACGAGGGCAAGGAAUUUUGUUAUUAAGGUAGCUGGGAAGGUUGGUUCCUUAGUUGAUUAGUAUUGAUACAAUUCUGUGAUAGUAUUUUACUAUUUUUAAUUUUGGCCAAGCAGGUAGAAGAACAAUACUGUCUGUAUAAACCCAUUAUGUUAAAUUUUAAAAUUUGGUGCGUGUUGCUGUCAAUCUCAAUUGUUCCAGCAUUUACAUGAUAGAUAUAAUAUCAUUGGACUCUGAUGAUGAAAAAGAGGAUACAACAGAGGAGAAGAAAGGAAAUCCAAGAAAGUAUAGUAGGUCAAGCAACAAACCCUUUGUUUUACAUCCAGAUGAGAAACUUGAAGGGAAGAAGAUCAAACAUAUGCAUGCUAGAAAUGAGUACAACAGAUAGCUUCUGCUUCCAGAGCUCAACAGUCAGCUAUGGGGGUUCAAAUGGAACAUAUUAUACUUCCUCAAGGACAAGGAGGACUGGGAGUGACGGAGUGACCUUUGAAGAGAGCAAGGAGGCUGAUAGUUCCACAAGGGAGUCUUCUUACACAAUUUCUAGAGGGAUUCGUGGCAAGGGACAUUCUCUCUCUCGGAAACUUAAUUCAGAUGGUAAGGUAGAUACUAUGCAAACUUUGCGCAAUAUAAAUGAAGAUGAACUUACUGGCUCUGAAGAAGAAUGGAAAGGAAAGGGUCAAAAGUAUAUGCCUGGAUGGAGUGGGAGUAUUGAAGCUGGGCGUAAUAAUGGACAAGCUGAGCUGGCCAGGCAAGGAGGUUGGGCGCUUCUUUCUACAGAGUAUACUCAUCCUGUGGGAACAACUUCUGAAGUUAGUGAUAAAGUUGGUUCUUCUCAUGCACAAGAGAGACCAAGGAUAGAUUCAAGUGGUAGGAGUGCAUAUCAUCCAGGAGGGCGAAGCCGAAAUUAAGGCAACAGCGACUCUGCAUCAUGGUUUUCCACGUUAUUACCUGUUAGUGUGUUUCUUCUUUCCUUUCCCGCGAGGACUAUGAUGAGUCUGGCCGUUUUAAUGUUUUGGAAGGAUGUAUUCAUUUAAAUCAUAACGAUGAUGCCAGGGUCUGAGGCCUGCAUUAUGACCUGACUAUAUGACGAAAUUAUAGUACAUGUUUACUGCCAAUCAUGUUGCUUGUGGUAUUUAGUUGUCUUCUGUGGCGCUCGAGAUGUUGUAUUGCCCUAUGCAAUAUUUAUGCCAUACAGAUUGUUAUUAAGGUAGCUGGGAAGUGAGUAUUGAUACAAUUCCGUGAUAAUAUUUUUAAUUUUAGCCAAGCAGGUAGAAGAACAAUACUGUCUGUAUACACCCAUUAUGUUAAAUUUUAAAAUUUGGUGCGCGUUGCUCU